AUGGCAUCGCGCGAUCCGUCCAACAAUAUCGUCCAGAAUGAAGCCGACAAGUACCCUCGUAUCUGCCCCGGAGGCGGAUUGCUGAUAGCAUGGCAGCUCAAGGGCAAAAAGGUACUCAUCGUCGGUGGUGGCCCCGUAGCAGCAGGUCGACUCGUCAACGUGCUCGAUGCAGAUGCCAUCCUCGACGUCAUGUGUCCCUCUUCCGGUCUCUGCUCCGAAAUGCGUUAUCGCAUCUACACCGAAAAAGUGGUCGCCAACUACGUCGAUGGCAUGUACGACGAAUCCUCUCCCGAGAUCCUCGAUCAAUACGACAUGGUACUCACCGCCAUCGAUGACAUCGAGCUGUCAAAAAAGAUCUGCUACGAGUGCCGCUCCAGGCGCAUCCCCGUCAACGUUGCAGACGUACCUCCCGAAUGCGACUUCUACUUCGGUUCAUUGAUCCGCAACGGUCCGCUUCAAGUCAUGGUAUCCACCGGCGGUCAAGGGCCCAAGAUCGCCUCCCAGACCCGCCAAAAGAUCCAAGCCGCCAUCCCCAAAAACGUCGGUCAAGCCAUCACAAAUGUCGGAAAACUUCGUGCCAUGCUCAGAAAACGUGCACCCAGCGCAGAGAUCGGCGCGCGCAGGAUGAGAUGGAUGAUCGAGGUCUGCGAAAAGUGGAACCUCGACGAAAUCUGUACAAUGACCGAACCGGAUAUGAACAAGAUCCUCGAUGGUUGGGAGUCGGGCUACGUGCCCAGUUACAAGAAGGUCAAAGGUGGUCUGCCCUUCCUGCCGUCGGAUGUCAGGAUGAAAAAGGCCUUGUUCGGGACGUGCCCCGUGGUAGGCUAUCCGAGCCCAUACUUGACGGGAUUCACCGGCGUCUUGUUGGGUGCAGCCGUGACAAGUGCCGUCUUCUUGUCAAGAGGCUGGCAGCGUUCGUGA